GAAAUAUCUCAUCUUAUCCUACCUACCAAACUGAGCCCUUUAAUGCAUAUAAAGAGAACCUUAACAUUUGUGAAUUAAGAAUCAAACAAUUGAAUAAUACUUUCUCUAACAUUUGUGUGUGUGUGUGUGAGAAAGAGUAUAGCUAUGGAUGAUAGUUCAAUAUCAAAUAGUCUUAAAAGUCCCAUGUUACCUCCAACAUCAUUGGAGACAAACAAAUGGUGGAUUAUUAUUAUUAAUAAGUUAAUUGAUGUUGAAGAAGCCAAGAAUCAAAUAUUGUUCUCUUUCCCAAUGAUUGUUGUUACUAGUUGUUUCUACUUCAUUAAUCUUGUCUCUGUCAUGUUUGCUGGUCAUCUUGGACAACUUGAACUUGCUGCCUCAAAUCUUGCUAAUUCAUGGGCUAUGGUGUCUGGUUUAGCUUUUAUGAUUGGCCUAAGUGGUGCACUGGAGACAUUAUGUGGUCAAGGUUAUGGAGCAAAAAUGUACAGAAUGUUGGGAAUACAUCUUCAAACAUCAUGUAUCAUAUCAUUCUUAUUUUCUAUAAUAAUUGCUAUCAUAUGGUGGAAUUCAGAUACAAUUCUGAUUUUACUUCAUCAAGAUCCUGACAUAGCAAAAAAGGCAGGGGAGUUCUUGAAGUUAUUAAUUCCUGGAUUGUUUGCAUAUGGUUUUUUACAAAAUGUUUUGAGAUUUGUUCAAGCACAAUCAAUUGUGUUGCCUCUUGUUGUGUGUUCAGUGGGAUGUUUAGUUAUACAUAUUGGUAUUGCUUAUGGUUUGGUUCAUUGGACAAGUCUUGGUUUUAAUGGAGCACCAUUAGCUGCUUCGAUUUCGAUUUGGAUAUCCGUCCUCACGUUGGGUGUAUACGUGCUUUUUUCCGAGAGGUUUAGUCAUAUAUGGAGGGAUGGUUUCUCAUUCGAGCCGUUUCAUUAUGUCCUUAUGAACUUGAAGUUGGCAUUGCCCUCUGCAGCCAUGGUAUGUUUGGAGUACUGGGCUUUUGAGCUUCUUGUGUUAUUAGCUGGUAUAAUGCCAAACUCAGAAACAACUACUUCUCUAAUUGCAAUGAGUGUAAAUACUGAAGCCAUUGCCUACACUAUCUCUUAUGGUCUGAGUGCAGCUGCAAGCACUAGGGUGGCAAAUGAGUUAGGAGGUGGAAAUAUUGACAAAGCUAAGCAUGCUAUGGGUGUUACUCUCAAGCUAUCUGUUCUUCUUGCUCUUAUAGUUGAUUUGGUUCUAUGUUUU